AUGAAGUUUCUAUCGGGCAAAGCCAUAGUAGCACUGAGUGCUGCAUUGAUGGUAUCAAGUGCUCUGGGUCAGGAUGCAACAAUAGAUCCUACUGGUACCAUCGCUCCAACCAUGUUCGACAACUGUGAGAUAGAGAUGUACUACACGAGUCUUCUGCAAGCAUCUUCUCCUUCCAACUGGACCCAAGAAGCCUUGUCUGCACUGAUCAAGGAGACACAUCGCAAUAUCCUACCCACACACGGCAAGACAGGUGAUGAUGAUGAUCUCUACAAGGCCAUUAUCGACCUCGAUCCGGGCAAUGAAUCUGGUACGGUUCGACUGGUCUACCGAGAUAUUAAUGCCGCUGAUUAUCCCAACGCCAAUCCUCUCUACUGGGGUGCUGAGCGAUUGUGGCCCCAAAACCGAGGAUACGAUUCCUUCUCACCGGCUUUUACGGAUGUACAUCACAUUAAACCAGCCAAGUCAACGGUACUCAUGAGCAAGGGAAAUUUGUCCUUUGGAAUGUGCGACACGGUGGAAUUCCAGACAGAGUGUGUGGUCCCAGCCACUACGGAAACAGCCAGUGAUACAGCACAAGACGGAAAGAUUUGGACGCCCCCCGAACGCUUCCGUGGAGAGAUUGCCAGGGCUCUCUUUUACAUGGACUUGCGGUAUCAACAGUUGAAUUUGCAAGAUUGUGGUCCAUUUGUCAAUUCCAUGGGAUAUAAAUCACAAUUGCUAGAAUGGCAUGACGCCUAUCCUCCCACUGAGGACGAACUGUUCCGCAAUGACAAGGCGUGCUUUCGUUGGCAAGGAAAUCGGAAUCCAUUCGUUGAUUACCCUGAACUGGCGCAAUCGUUCUUUGGCACACCCGAACAAAUUGAACCUGGAACAAGGACGUAUCCUACCUGUAUCAAGACUUUCCCACCAUGGCUCCCACCAACAAGAGAAAUGAUUGUGACUAAAGAUCCGGAUGAAGUGGUCUUCUUGCCCAUGUUUGAUAUUCCAGGUGAAAUGGAGUUGUUCAUUACGGAUCAAGCCUGGAAUGGAACUGGAUUGGUGACUGGAGUGCCAAAUGAAGGCACAAUGGUGAUGACGACACCGGAAGACGGCAUUGAGCAAGGUGACCUCUUUGGAAUGGGACCUGGUGUCGAUUAUGGAGACACUUGCGGCAAUUGGAGCAUGCCUGGAUUGUCUGCAGAGGACUACGGCGAAGCACUGACAGCCCUUCCGGAGCAGUUGGAUCAAGGCUCCAUUGUGCUGCCACAUCUGGACAACUACUUUUACAACGGAUCUCGUAAUGAAACCAUUGCCUUGCUGCGGGCAGAUAUGCUCAAUCCAGCUUCAUGGGUUGGUGACAAUGAAGGUCGAUUCGGAGUGGAGCAGCAGCAAUCGCCACUUUCAGGUGCCAGCAUGUUGUCAGUUCAAUCGGCUGUAUCAAUGACGGGUGUUCUUAUCACUGCGUUUCUGGUGUAA